GCUGAUCCAGUCAAAGUGAAGUGAAAUGUUAGAUUUAGGAAAGUGUACGAGGAGAGAGCUUAUACUUUUAGAGAUGUGGCAUUAAUCUUUGGACUUUUUUUUGGAACAUGUUACUCUGCGUGUUGAAAGGGAUGACGUGGAAAAUAAACGCUUGUGGGAUCAAUACCACCAAAUCAAUUUUACAGGGGGCGGUAUCUUUGACUUGUGUAAAGCCUAUUUUUCCUCAAAUCAUGCCACGUUUGAGAUUACGCCUGUUGUGAGCUGAGCUGUCAUCCUCCUCUUCACAAACACAGCUGCUGCUGCAUUGAGAGGACCGACAGAAAACUUAGUAAAAGUCCUCUUGUCGUUUGUGCGUCUUGCUGCUGUCCGCCCCGGCAGAGCAGCAUGCGGGACUGACGUGUGAGGAAUGGCAUCGGCUGUGUUUGAAGGCACGUCGCUGGUCAACAUGUUUGUGCGGGACUGCUGGGUCAACGGGAUCCGCAGACUCAUCAUCAGCCAGCGGGGAGAGGAAGAGGACUUCUUCGAGAUCAGGACCGAGUGGUCCGACAGGAAUAUUUUGUACUUGCACCGGAGUUAUUCGGAUCUGGGACGGCUUUUUAAAAGACUUGGGGAGUCCUUUCCUGAAGACAGAAGAGAUCUGUCCAAGUGUCCGCUGAUAGAAGGGCUGGUGAAAAUCAAAGAGGCAAACGACAUCGAGGAGAAAUUGAACGAGGUGGAGAGCUUGCUGAAGAAUGCGAUCAACAUGCCCUUCAAGUUUUCCAGGUCAGAGGUCAUGUUGACUUUCUUCGAGCGAUCACCGCUGGACCAGGUGCUGAGGAAUGACAAAGUCCACAGAAUCCAGCCCUGCUUUGAGAGUCCCAUCAAGAUAUCAGAAAUCAUGCGGUCCAACGGAUUCUGUCUGGCCAACACGGAAACAAUCGUAUUUGAUCACAGCCUGCCUGAAGAAAAAGAGAGACCCUCGUCUACUGACUCUGUGGAGCAUACGUAUGAUGAUGGAUUAGAGUUUCUGCCGUUGGAAGCAGACGACUGUGAUGAGGAAACAGAAGCGUAUGUCACCAACCUUUCCUACUACCACCUGGUCCCUUUUGAAACGGACAUCCUGGAAUGAAGAACGGACACCUUGUCGACGGACAUUCGAGGAGUAUUACAGAAACUCUUCAAUGGAUCCUGGCUGUGCAACGCUGUGCAUAGCUGCUCCACGUGUACGCUGCUACUGCUCAUCCCAGCAACCUCAGGAGGAGUUUUCUGCCACUUUGAGCAACAUCACCGGUGUGCCUCGCUCAGAGCCUUACUUAAAUGUUAAAAAAAAAAAAAAAAGAAGCAGGCGAGAAUGAUUUGAUAUGAGAUAGAUAGGGCCUGGUGUUUUAACAAAAGCUAUGGCAGUAUUAAUAGGGUGGAUGCAAACAGCUGGAGACGUUUCAAAACCCUGGAUAUAAAGGAAAGAGGUUUUAAUAUGAGAAAUUUAAAGUGUUGGACGAUUCAGUGAAUUGUCAGUUUUUCUACCUUCCACUCUUAUUCACCAGUGGAACGACAAGAUGAUCUACAUGGAGGCAUCUACAAAUCCUAAUGUCAUUUUAACUGCAUCCUCGGGAAGGUUCAUUCGCAGUGUUUUAUUCCUGUGGGAACACAGAGAGAUGUUACAAACCUUGGUUUGUGUUUUUUUCUCAUGGUGCCGUUUCCACCAGCAUUUCAGAGAGAUUUUUGGCUCAUAAAUAUCAGCUCAAAGCCAAAAGAAUAAAUUCUGGUUUCGUAGCUGUGAUAAAUAAGAUGAUCUUUAGUUUGAGAGAGCUUCAAGAUGCA